AUGUUGAAAAGUGAUAUACAAAUUGAUUUUAACCAAGUUAGAUUGGAUAUUUUACAAGAAAUCCAAGAAUGUAGUGAUCGCGGCUUAAUUCAGACUGUUAAAUGGUUAUCCGAGCUGAAUUAUGCCUUAAAAGAUCACAAAAUUGAAUACCCAGAAGCACACAAUCCCUAUGAGGGAAUUAUAAAAGAAGAGCGUGAAGCCUAUGUACUGUCCAAAUCGUACUUUGACUGCCAAGAGUAUGAUCGAGCUGCACACUUUGUUGAAAACUGUACAAGUUCUAAGUGCAUCUUCCUACAUAGAUACAGUCAGUAUAUGUCCAGUGAAAAGAAGAGAUUAGAUAAUGCAACUGACAUGGGUGCUGAGAACCCGGAAUCUACACAAAUCUUGCUAGAUUUGUUAUCAUAUUUUAAGACAAAUCAAAAUAGCAAUGAUGGUUACCUGCUCUACUUAGAAGGUGUUGUAUUAAAGAAAUUGGAUUUAAGAAGCCAGGCAGUAUCAGUUUUGCAAUCUGCUAUUGCUUUAAGACCGACAUUAUGGUGUGCGUGGGUGGAAUUAGCUGGUGUUGCAAAUGAAUAUGAAGCAUUGGAUGCUUUGCAGUAUCCUAACCACUGGAUGAUGUUCUUAUUUGUAGCCCAUGCUUUUGUUGAACUGAAGUUAUCAGAACAAGCGCUAGAGGUAUACACAGCUCUUGUAGCUGCUGGCUUUGAAAAGAGUACAUACAUCACUGCACAAAUGGCUAUAGCUCACCAUGAUGUUCGAGAUGUAGACUCCUCUCUUGCUCUAUUCCGAGAACUCUAUCAAAGUGACCCUUACAGACUGGACAACUGGGAUGUCUAUUCACAUUUGUUAUUCUUGAAAGACAAAAGGAUGGAACUUGCAAAUCUUGCUCAAAAAGCUGCUGCCAUUGAUAAGUACAGAGUUGAAACUUGUUGUGUUAUAGGCAAUUAUUACAGUUUAAGAAGGGAACAUCAUAAAGCAGUUAUUUACUUUCAAAGGGCACUGUCUUUAGACCCACACUAUUUAUCAGGCUGGAUUCUGAUAGGGCAUGAAUUUAUUGAAUUACAGAAUUCCAAUGCAGCUAUACAAUGUUAUAGACAGGCAAUUGAAGUAAAUAGAAAUGACUACAGAGCAUGGAAUGGGCUUGGCCAGGCAUAUGAAAUGAUAGGAUUAAAUGGUUACUGCAUCUAUUACUACUCUAGAGCAGCACAACUUAAGCCUGAUGAUUCAAGAAUGCUUGUGUCACUUGGGGAAGCUUAUGAAAAGAUGGAUAAAAUACCUAAUGCCCUUAAGUGUUAUUAUAAAGCUCAUAGCACUGGGGACAUUGAAGGAACUGCGCUUUUUAAAUUAGCAAAAUUAUAUGAAAAAUCUAACAUGCCAAAUAGUGCAGCAGCUGCAUAUACAGCAGCAUGUCAGGAUCCAGCCAAUCAUCCAAGCAAGGAGAUGCCAGCUGCUUUACGAUACCUGGCUCAAUAUUAUUUAAGAUUCACUUUACUUGAUCAUGCCUCUCACUAUGCUUAUAAAUGCUUGGAGUAUGAUAGUACAAAGGAGGCCGGAAAAAAUAUACUGAAGGCUAUAUCUGAAAAACGUUUACAAGCGUCAUCAUCUAAACCUGCUAGCUUACCAGACUUACCUGAAGCUAUUAAACUAGCUUCACCAUCUAUCACCGACUCUAAAAUCUUUUGCAGUCCUAAUACACCUGAAAAUUUUUCUACCCCAACCUUCAAGACCAAGAGCAGAGGUAAAAUGUGA